UCGCUGUCCGGGGCUGUGCGUGUGUGUAUGUGUCUCUCACAACAUAAAGGCGACGUUCACGGCUUAAAACUUGCAAUUCAUGGCAUGGAGGAGUCAGCGGGCAGCUGCAGCCCUCUGAUCUGUGUAAGGUUAGGUGGUUUAGCAGCAGAUCAUGGUCUGAACCCAGUUAUCAUCGAGCCGAAGCAGAGCCUCGUCUAGCUGCUCGAGUGUUGUCCUCUUUUUUCUCUUCCCUGUCCUCUUUUUCUUCUCCUCGGUGAAAUCCGAUACAACAUCAACGGGGUUUUAUAUCUAGUUUUGUCUGGCAGAUUCAGGCUAAUUGUCUUGCAUGUUUCGCAGUCAAACAGCACCAAGAGAGAGGAAACAUUCAGCUCGUACUGCAGCGAUUCGGAUGCCUUCAACUUUGAGCGAGAGGGACAACCCCUAAACCCCGUUUUUACACGAGGGACAGACACACAGACAUCUCCGUCAUCUUCCACUUCAUGAGAAGGACGCGUCUCGGUAAAAGGUGAUCAGAGAACCGACGGGGGACCAUGGCAGCUACUUUAUCAGUGGAGGAAGAACAGGCUACUAGGCAAUUUCUGGAGGAAAUCAACAAAUGGACCAGUCAGCAUGGAGUGUCACCAUUGUCCAGGGAAUUGGCCGUCAAGUUCCUCAUGGCUCGCAAGUUUGACGUCCUCCGAGCCAUCGAGCUAUUCCACAGCUACAGGGAAACACGUCUGAAAGAAGGAAUCGUCAGACUUCAGCCUCAGGAAGAACCUCUGCGCUCGGAGCUGCUCAGUGGAAAAUUCACUGUGUUGAGUGUACGGGAUCCUUCGGGGGCCUCCAUCGCCUUGUACACAGCCAAACUUCACCACCCAAACAAGACAGGCAACCAUGUGGUGCUUCAGGCCCUCUUCUACCUCCUGGAUCGGGCCGUGGAAAGCUUUGAGACCCAGAGGAAUGGCUUGGUGUUCAUCUACGACAUGGCGGGCUCCAACUACACAAACUUUGAGCUGGACCUGAGCAAGAAGAUCCUCAACCUGCUCAAGGGGGCGUUCCCUGCCAGGCUGAAGAAGGUGUUGAUUGUCGGGGCUCCUGUUUGGUUUCGAGUGCCCUACAAUCUGCUCAGCCUGCUUCUCAAGGAGAAACUUAGGGAGAGGGUCCAGAUGGUGAAAAUGGCCGAACUCCGCCAGCACCUCCCCAGGGACUGUCUCCCCCAGCACCUCGGCGGCCUGCUGCCUCUGGAGUCGUACAGCUGGAACCAGCAGCUGCUGGCGGGCCAGAAUGGCCGGGUGGACCCAGUGGACGAACUGGUGGGCAUCCCUGUGGAGGACUCUUCCAUCCACGUCCCCGGACCUGAGUCCAUGCGUCCACAGGAGCUGCUGGUACACCUUGGCAGGCUUCAGCGCUCAGGCAUCCAUCAAGAGUAUGAGGAGGUCCGCAAAGAACCGCCGCCCGGAACCUUCCACUGUGCACAAUCAGCCUACAAUCAGGAGAGGAAUCGCUAUGGAGACGUGCUGUGCCUUGAUCAAACAAGAGUUCGUUUGAAAGCCAGGAGGAACGAGAGAUCAGACUACAUCAAUGCCAGCUUCAUGGACGGCUACAAACAGAGGAAUGCAUAUAUUGGUACUCAAGGACCGCUGGAAAAGACCUACGGUGAUUUCUGGAGAAUGGUUUGGGAACAAAACGUGCUUGUUAUCGUCAUGACAACCAGGACAGAUGAGGGCAGUCGAAGGAAGUGUGGCCAGUAUUGGCCUCUGGACGAAGGGGGGCAGGAGGUCUAUGGCCACAUGGCAGUGGUUAACCAAAGGGUGGACCACCACACCCACUACAACCACACCACCCUCGAACUGCACAACACUGAGACAUGUGAACAGAGACAAGUGAGUCAUUUCCAGUACCUCAGCUGGCCUGACUACGGCGUUCCCACCUCGGCAGUGACCCUCAUCGACUUCCUGGGAGCUGUGAAGAGACAACAGAGGAAAAUGGUGAAGGCUUUGGGACUUCAGUGGGCAGGCCACCCACAGGGACCCCCUAUAGUGGUCCACUGCAGCGCAGGGAUUGGGAGGACAGGUACCUUCUGUGCCCUGGACAUCUGUCUGUCCCAGUUACAGGACGUAGGCUCACUAAAUGUUUGCCAGACGGUGCGACGCAUGAGAACACAGAGGGCCUUCAGCAUUCAAACCCCGGACCAGUACUACUUCUGCUACAAUGCCAUUUUGGAGCACGCCCAACGGCAGGGCCUGCUCCCAGCCAAUCAGUGAGCUUCAGCCCUGACUUGCCAAAUUAAUCCAUGAGCUCUGAGAUUUCUGCAGCCAAUCUGUUAACCCCGAGCUGUGUUGUGUGACCAAUUCGUGAGCCCAGGAAAGUUAACUUCCUCACAGAGGCUGACUUCUGAAAGUAGGCCAUCCUUCAUUGGCAAGCCAGACCAAGACAAGACAGUGACGAGCAAAGGCCUGAGUGUUUGACAUUAUGAUGUUUCAUUGUGAUAACAUUCUCGCUUCCAACAAUGUGACAUUUUGUUUACGCCGAACAUAUCUCAGACAAUACGUGGCAGUGUGUACAAACUGCUCCUGUGUCGUGCAGUUUUGUGGUCUACGGUCAGACACAUUGGGCGGAGUGAUCAAGGAAAUGUUCAUUAACCUUUUGUUUAUUUAUUCGCUACUUUAAACAGAUGGUUUAGGGGACCUUUAAAGGAGCAGUUCACCCCAAAUUAAAAAUUCAAUCAGUAACCACUCAUCCAAUGUCAGUUAAAAUUCCACUGUUGGACUGCGGAACAAUGAAGAUGACCUUUAAAUGUGUUUCAGUCAAAUUCUCCUUAAAUGCUUAAGUUAACAUGGCCGUUGUGUGCCAAAAAGGCAUGUUACUUUUUAACCCACACAUGUCGUGGAAGGUUUAUUUGCAGCCAAAUAACUGUCCUAUGAACAUAAUUACUGUACACAGACAAUAUCUUGGUCAGGUGCAUGGUGUAAAAAUUAAAGCUAACAUUAUGCUUUUAAUGCACAAAUUGUGCUAAUUAGACUUUUGAAGGGUAACUGUGAUAUUUUUCAUACUGGAUCCUAUUUUCCCAUGUUUUUGUUUGUAAGUGACUAAUGGGAACAACAUUUUUUGAAAUUGUUCCAGUACUGAGCGAGAGGGCUGCAGCCAUCUGCGGAGAAACAGGCUGCUGGUGUGCAAUUCCCCAUUAAGGUUACACUGCAGCUCCUUUGCUGAAUACUGGACCAAUUUUAAAAACUGUUGUUCUCAUUAGUCACUUAGACACAAAAACAUGAGAAAAUAGAGUCAGGGUUGAAGAAUACCAAACUUACCUGCUAAAGGGGAAUUUCUACUUGUGUGUUGGCUCUUUGCAAACCCUACGCCGUAGCCUACGUUGCCUACGUGAUCAUUUAUACUUGUGCCGCUCUGCAGUUACACCUCCAAAACACUAGCUGGUGUCUGGGUUUCUGUGAAGUGCUUUAAAGUUUACUUGAUUCAAAACACACCCAAAACAUACAUUAAACAUGGCUUAGUAACAACAAUU